AUGGUGCAGAGCUCAUAUGUAACUAUUAUCAUCAGGAACGGCGUGCAGAGGAUACCGAAGCUGUCCCAUGGAAACAGUACCAUCGAAGAAGUGUUGCAGGACAAAUAUCUGGGCACUGUCAUUUCGACGAACGGAAAUUGUGAACAGGACCUGAACGGCCGGAUUGUGCUGGCAUCGUUCAUCUUCAAGAGCCGUACAACCGUUUGUACUCAUAGGGGAAUAGCGGUCGCCACCAAGACCCGUCUCUACUGGCGUACUGUCAGAACAUCUUUUCUCGAGGACACAAGUGAUGACCUGAUUAUGCUUCGCAUUCGGCAGACAUUUCACUUGCUGACGUCAGCAAUGCGGCGGGCGGCAUCGAUGUGUGUAACCGCAAACAUGCUGAAAACCAUCGAAUUGGCGGUUAUGUGA